GGAAGGUUCUGGUCUGAAGCCACACUGGAGACUGGAGGCGCAUCCGAUCUUAUUGUCUGGAAUGAGCUCGGCCAGCUGAUGCCCCGCACACACGGAUAAAGGGAGAGAUCUACUGUCCUUUGCUAUGGGAUGGACAAGGAAGAAGAGAAUAAAUAUGUAUCCCAACUCCUGGGUGUGUUUAACAGCUGUGACACUACAGGGACUGGGUACCUAGACAAAGAAGAGUUAACAGACCUCUGCCACAAGCUCCACCUGGAUGCACAACUCCCUCUGCUGUUACAGACGCUCCUUGGGACAGACAUCUUUGCUAGGGUGAAUUUUGAGGAGUUUAAAGAAGGAUUUGUUGCUGUGCUGUCCUCUACUAUUGACAUAAGCAUCUCUGAAGAUGAAAGCAGUUAUUUAGAACCAGUAAUUCCAGAUGAAGUGAAACCAAAGUAUGUGAAAGGCACCAAGAGAUAUGGCCGACGAACACAGCCGGAACGUGAGGCUGCAGAAAAUGAAGCCAACAAGUGUCUGCAAGAACAGCACCAAGUCAAAGGCCAGAGGAAAAGUCAGCUGAAAAGGUCUUCAUCCCUGGAGAGUGUGGAGAGCUUAAAGUCAGAUGAAGAAGCAGAGAAUGGCAAAGAACCUCUGAACGAGAACUUUGAGGCACAAGGCCAGCUAAGGGCAUGGAACCCAGAGAUCUUUGAUGGGCGAAGAAGAAAUUCAAGCCCAUGCUCAGAUAUGACCGAACACCAGGUGCGGGACAUCUGGGAGGAACUCGGUGUAGGCCAUAAUGGCUACCUCAACCAGCAAGAGCUUGCCACUGUGUGUAAGAACAUCGGACUAAAAGAUCUUAGUAAGGAGGAGCUUGAGGACCUGUUUAAUAAGCUGGACCGUGAUGGAGAUGGCAGAGUGAGCUUUCAGGAAUUCCAAGAUGGCUUAUUUAGCCAUGCUCCUGUGCCCAUCUCCUCUACUCCUCUAAAGAAUAGAAGACCAUGGGCAUGUUUUCAGCCUGUGGAAGACAGCAGCCGCAUGACAACCACCAACUCAUUGCUGUCUGCUUUUGGUGGAUUACACCUUUUCUCCACUAUUGAUGAUGGAACUGGUUUUGGAAGUCCUGAGCAGAUUAUGAUUAUCUGGGAAGAAGAAGGAAUAGAAGAUGGCAAAGAAAUUUUAACGAGCCUGGAUUUCAGCCUGGGAGAGAGAGUGAACCUUCUGGAUCUCACAACAGCUUUAGACAAUGAACUGAUUGCUACCAAGAACAGAAUCCACAUGGCUGCACUAGCCUCUUACAAGAAUGAGCUAUAUCACCAACAUGGGCUGGUCGAACAGGUCACCAGGGAGAGGGACAAAGUCAAGCAGGAUUUUGAGAAAGCAGAGAAACGGAACCUGCAGCUGGCCAAUGAGGUGGAUGAUCACAACAGUGAAAUGGAGCAACUCAAUGAAAGCAAAAUCAAGGACUUGGAACUGGAAUAUAGACAGAGGCUUUCUGUACUACGGACUGAGCUGGAGAGUGAGAAGGAGCAGUUUAUACAUCAAGCAGACCAACACAAGACCAAGCUAGAAUCUGACCUGGCAAAUCUCAAGAUUGAAGAAGCUGCUUUGAGAGAGAGACUUAAUUUAUCUGUAAAGGAAAAUUCCAGGUUACAAAAGGAAAUGGUUGAAGUUGUUGAAAAAUUGUCUGAAGCAGAAAAUGAUGUUGUGACACUACAGACCAAUGUAGAAGAUAUGCUGAAAGGAAAGAGACAAUCAGAUCAUCCGCACAUGGAGUUCUGUAAUCAGGAUGAACGGUUUGCAGACAUUAUCAAUGAAUAUGAAAUCCAAUGCAGGGAACUUCGUGACCAGAAUGAUGAACUGCAGAUCCAGUUGGAAACUCUGCGCUCCCAGCUCAGCGAGAGCAAAUACUCACGUUUGUUGGCCAGGAUUAAAGACAACAAGUUGCUGCACCUGAAGGCCAAGGAAAAGAUUCACAACAACAGCCUUAGCAAUGGGUCACAGGGAAAGAAAGGGAUGUCAACUAAGCUGAGGAGGAGUGCGUCAGCUGCAGGUGCAAAUGGACCAGUGGCCAUGGAACCAGAACCACCUCCAGUUAAUAUAGAAGCAGAGCUCACUAAACAGCAGCUAAAGGAACAGCAACAGGAAAUACAGGAUCUAAAAAUUGAGUUAGAAACCAAGGUCAACUAUUAUGAGCGAGAGGUGGAGCUAAUGAAAUCCAACUUUGAAAAAGAAAGAAAGGCAACUGAGCACAGUUUCAAGUUAGAGAUCAGUGAGCUGGAGGAGCAGAAAGCUGACCUGGAGGAACUAAAUGCAAAAUAUCAGGAGGUCAUUGAUGGGUUGAAAGUUCAGCUCUCAAAAUCUGCUCAGUGCCAAGAGAUGGAGAAGAGGUUUAAAGAGGAGAAAUUUGAGCUGGAACAGUAUUAUGCCAAGGAAAUAUCUGCACUUGGUCAGCGACUGACUGCUGAGAAGGACCAACUGGAGGAGGAGCUUAGGAGGACUCAUCAGCAUGAACUGCAGUCAAUGAGGCAAGAGGCAGAAGAGGAGCUGAAUGAAAAGCUGGCAGCAAGCGAAGCUCAGUGGGCUGAACACUGGCAGAACCUAUUGCAGCAACACUACAACGAAAAGAACGAGGCUUUGGAAAAGUAUGAACUGGCCAAAAUAUCAUGGAGAGAGGAGCAGCUCCGGGAGAGGAAUCUCUGGGAAGAGCGAGAGAGGACGUUACUGGCUCAAUGCAGAAAGGAACAGCUUAAACAAGAGGAAAAGCACAGUGAGGAGCAGGCUCAUAUCUGCAAAACCUUUGCUAUUGAGAAGGAAGAGAUAGAAAGUCAAUAUAAAAUACAGAUGAAUCGGCUAAACAGGGAAAUUAAGAGUUUAAGUUCAUGCUUGGAAAGUAGAGGUAAUGACAGCACCAUGACCGCAGACAGGGGACCAUCUGGUCAAUAUUUGAAUUUGAACUCUGAUGAUAAAGACCAUUCAAACAAGACAGAAGUGGUUCAUUUUAUAAAGCAAGAUGAACUAUCAGAGACAACUGGGCAGCUUACAGAGACCCCAAAUCCUCAGUGCGCUCAGAUUUUAUAUUGUUUAAAGGAUGUGGAUGAAAAACUGUCUCUUUUGAAGAGGACAGAGGAGAGCGCUGAGGUGAAGCUACACAAGAUGGAGUGUGUGGUCUCCUCAUUAAGAGCUCAGCUGCUGGAUGACAUAAAAGAAACCGAGGCUCUUCUGAAAAAGCAUGGCUACUUGGAGGAAGAAAAAGCACAAUUAAGCCGGCAGUUAGAAGCCAUGGAGGAAGAGCGCCUUUUGUCAGAGGCUAAACAAAAUCAGCUAAUGGUUGAACUGUGGGAAAAAUGUGACUACAUCAAAGUGCAGGAUUCCAAGCUCCAGCUCAUUUCCAAGGACAAUGAGGAACUCGAGAAACAGGUGGCGGCGCUAACAGGACAGGCGGUGGCAUUGGAGCACAAGCUGAAUGCAUUCAGUGGGAAGUAUCAGGAGAUGACAGCACGCCUCUCAGAAGCUAUUGACGGAGUAAGCUCAGAACAAAAUGUCUGCCACACACAGGAUGGGGAUCCUACAAAUGAAGGCAUCUUAAUGGAAGAGCUCCUUGCUAGAAAUACAUUGUUGUCUCGGCAGCUUAGCAAUAAAGAGGAAGAAGUAUACGUCUUACAAAGGGAAAUGAACGAAAUGGUCAGACAGUUCCAGGAGCUGGAAAUAGAGGCCAUUAAGUACCCAACUGAUGCAAAUCAGGAGAACAAGGAGGAGAGGGACAGUGUCAUAGACAAGCUUGUUGAGCUGGAAGACUUGGUGCGGCAAUUGGAGAGAGAAACCGAAACAAGUCAAGAUGACAGGAUGGAGCUCUGCCGUCUGACUGAGGAUAACGGCUUACUCAGAAACAAACUGGAAGGGCUGCAGAAAGAGGUUCAUGACUUUGAAGAUCAAGCUAACAAACACAGGAAGGAGGUGGAACAUUUAAAGAAAGAAAAAGAGAAGCUAGUGUGUGAGCUGGAGGAGCUUAACAAACAGAGUCAGAAAUAUCAAGAGGAAGCACGCCUGUUGAAUGCCCAGAGCCUUCAACUGAGUAAUGCCAUUUUGGAUCUGACUGCUCAGAACAAACAGAACCAGGAGACAAUGCAGCAGUUGUCCAGCAGUCUGCGAGACAUGGCCCAGCAGAAGGAAGAGGCCGCUGCUUCUGUGACACAAUUGCAAGAAAUGAUGUGCAGACUUGAGCAAGCAAAUGUUCAGCAGGAGGCCGAGAGUCAGGGGCAGAGAGAUCAGCUGGAGAAAGAUCUGCAGAGGUUUAAGGAUGAGAAUCAGAAAUACCAGGAUGAGCUACACCGGCUGAAUGCACAGACCCUACAACUGAACGCCUCUGUUGCGGAUCUGAGUGCAUGGAAAAUGGAGAAGCAGGAGACCUUGCAGAAUUUAACCAGCCAACUUAGAGACGUGACGCAGCGAGAAGAAGCGGAACAAGCUGAAGGGACACGACUGCACAAAGUACUCAGUGCUCUGGAGAGAGAGAAGGAUCGGCUUGAGCAUGAGCUGGAUGUGUCCAAAGAGGAGUGCCAGAAAUACAGAGAGGAGCUGCGCCAGCUGAAUACACAGAGCUUGCAACUGAGCUCUUCAGUAUCUGAUCUGAGUGUCCAGCAUUCUGGGAACCAGGAGGUCAUUCAGCAGCUCAACAACAGGCUGAGAGAGGUGACCAAGCAGAAGGAAGAUGCAGCGGCUGUUGUGGAACAACUGAAAGACGUGUUAAAUACUCUGGAGAGAGAGAAACUCCAGCAUCUUGCGGCCUGGCAACAAGAGAGAAAUCAGCUGGCUCAGGAGCUGCGCACCUCUAAUGAAAAGAUGGAAAAUCACACGCAGAAGCACAUGCGAGAGAAGGAAGGGCUCCUAAGUGGGUUACAUGAAAGCAACAAACAGCUUGUUAUUAUGGACUCUCUCCAGGAAGAGGUUACAUCUCUGAGGCAAGAGAAGCAGUCUUUAGGGGAGCAAUGUCACAGUCUAACCUCUCAACUCAAGGAUGUCGCUGCCCAGGUCAUGAAGAUGCACAAGCUGGAACGUGACCUUAAGGUGGCUCAUGAGGAGAGCCAGACGCUGAAGAGGAAUCAGGCACAAUUAAGAGAGACCCUGGCUGAGUGUCAGGAUCAGUUGCUGGAAGCCAAUAGCAAACUUACUCUUGAACAGUCACAGCAUAUGCGGCAAGUGCAGCAGUUAAAAGAACAGGUCAGCUGUGCGGUUCCUAUGGAGCAGGUGACUGAGCUGCAGAACAGACUGCGGGAGGAAGAGCAGAACAGUCUGCAGCUGCAGGACAAGAUGAGAUUUCAUGCUGAGCAGACAAACCGGCUACUGGCCAUGCAGCAGGAGGAGCACGAGAAGCUGUUGCGUAGGAUGGAAGAGAGGUUGGAGGAGGUGGAAAUGGAUCUGAAGAAUGUGCGGCUCAUGCUUCAAGAGAAAGUCAAUCAGCUAAAGGAGCAGCUCGAGAAGAAUGCCAAAUCUGGCUUGUUAUUAAAAGAUCUCUACGUAGAGAAUGCUCAGCUGAUGAAAGCACUUCAGGUAACGGAGCAAAGGCAGAAGAGUGCAGAGAAGAAGAAUUACCUCCUGGAGGAGAAAAUUUCAGCACUGAACAAAGUGAUUGGGAGAAUUGCACCCGCCUCUCUUGCAGUCUGACAGUCUCCCAUUCCAAACUGGUGGUGCAAUGCAGCACAGUCUGUGUAAAAGUUGGGGCUCAGCAAGAAUCUGCACUGAGGUGUAGGGCCUGGUAUUUGAAGAUGAGACCUCUUAGUUCUGGCUUGAGAACCCAACACAAGACCUGUGCAUCAUGCCUGAGUUAAAAGUCUACUGUAGAGAGUCCCAAUGAAAAUAAACAAUGAACUGCUAAAGUCUGAGAGACUGUGGGUGCAGUCACUGUCUGUAAGUAGUUGACAUACUAGCGGCUGCUGGACAGCUGCAUGUGAUCUAAUGUAUGCACUCGCUGUCUGAACGACUACCUACACCAAAAGAACCAACCAUAUGAGUCCAUGGGAGAAAAGAGAAUAUUUACACAUCAGUGCAAUUGUUUUAUUUGUUUUUAUAAAUUGAAAAAUCUUUUGUAACUUUUAUUAAAAAAAGCCAGUCUUGUAACACUUAAAAGUCCUUCAAAAGAUUAAGUAAACAAUUGGGAUAUUUUGAUCUUCACUCUGUAUAUGUGUAUUAGCCCGUGUAAUAUAUGUUUCGCUGUACCAAUGUGUUGUCCAAGCUGAGUGUAGCAAUCCGUAGAGCAGGGUAGAAAGGUGAUGUGCUGUUUGUUAUAGUCCUGCAGAUGCUCAAUUUGCACUAAAUGCCUAUGGCUAAAUGUGGAGGGGUUUUCCCUUUUAGAAAUCAACCAAAUAUUUUGUUGUAUUUAUUAUUAUUGACCAUAGCGUGGUAGGCGUAGUCUUGCUCAUGUAACACUAGCAUAAGAACAGCACAAUGGCUUGUACAAUUGAUUAAAGCGAGGCCAGAGCCCCACCCUAAUACCCCUAAAUUACUUUUGUUAUGGUACAUGCUAAUGCCUACCCCAGGUCAGUGCAGCCAGUUUACCUUUGUCCAUAAGCUGAACCAGCUCACUGUGUACUUCACCUAUCCAUGUAAUUCCUAGCUUUAUAAUGCACAUGGGCACUUACGCUCUAAUGUCUGGUACAAGAAAGGAGCAAGCUACAGGACAUGGGAAUUGCCCAACUAAAUCUGGAGAUUUAUGGCCGCCUUUAACUAUUUGUGCCACCAUUGGUUGACUCUCUGUGACCUCCGUGGUGGAUUCAGUAUGAUUUCUGUUUGAAAAUGGUGGCUUAAGAUCAGGUUCCAUCCUUUUCAACCCAGUCAUCUCUAAAAUGUAAAACUUGUUGCAUUAAACGUCCCAUAGUGCAUCAGUUAGAGAAUGGAAGUUGUACUAGAGCUGGGGCUGCAUCGCUGGGCCUCCCUAGUAAUUCUUACCUUCAUAUAAUGUGGUACAUCAUUCUAGCAAUGGAUUCCGUUUUAUAUAUAUAUAUAUAUAUAUAUAUAUAUGUGAUUAUUGUACAGUUCACUUGGCAUUUGUACAGUUGUUUGUAUACAUGAAUGAAAUGUGUAUAUAUUUAUAUACUGAGAAACAUCAACUGAUCUUAAGGUAUCUAAAAAAACUGAUAAAUUGAACCAGUUUGAUUUUAUGUACAAACAACACAUCUGAAUACAAGUCUUUCCUAAAA